AUGGUGAUUCACCUUAGUUCAUCUUGUUAUUCCUGCAGAGUAGAGUACUUUGUUCGGUUUCUAGUCUCUUACAACAACUUGUUAAACUACGCAAUUUCGAGUUAUAAGGAAUUGCUAGCCAAGUGCAAUCAGCUGGGUAGAGGCGAAGCACAAUCUUCUGAGAAACUUGAAAAAGCUUUGGAAAAGAUAGAAAAACUAAAGAAACGAAUGAGGGAACUUGAGUUGAUAACUGAAGAGAACAGAGCUAUACGGGACAUAAACGUUUCAAAGAAAUGCAGUUACACAGAAGUUUCCCUUAAAAGACCCGACAUCGUCAAUGUCACCUUACAGCAAUGGUACUUUUGUUGUACAUCAUGA